AUGUACGAUGCUGGGCCUUUCAGGGUCCCCUUCCCCUUUGAGCCGUACCCGCUGCAGCUACACGCCAUGGCAGCUAUACGCGGUGGCUUGGCGGCGGGUGACGUUGUGGUGCUCGAGUCGCCCACGGGAACUGGUAAGACGCAGGUGCUUCUCAACAGCGUGCUGUCCCACAUAUUUGAGCCAGUGAUCGCAGCACAGGUGGAGGACGCGAAGCCGUCACAGCAGCCGCAACAACAUCAACUGCCCACGGGAGAAAGGGCAGAGGCAACACCUGAAGUCGGUCGCGGUCAAAAAAGGCAGCGAGAGCACCGGGGGUACAGGAAGAGGGGGAGGAGGGGGGUGGCGAAUGCCCCUGACGAACAAGACGCCUUCUUGGUGGAGCAGGACGCUGGUGAGGAGGCGGGUGAGCGGUCGCUGUACACAGCUGUGAUGUCGAGCUCGUCGUCUUCUGCAUGCUCUUCCCUAGUCAACAGCGAUGACGAAGAAGAAAACGGAGAAGAGGACACAGUGUGGCAGGCGUUGCGGAAGCCAAAAGUGUAUUUCUCCAGUCGCACACACACGCAGCUGCAGCAACUUAACGAGGAACUGCAUCGAACGGUGUUUGCGCAGCAUCCAGUGCGCCGCCGACCACAUGUUGUGAUUGGCGAGAAACAGACGGCGAGUCCUGAUGAGGAACCCCAUACACUGCGUUAUGUUCAUGUGGCUGGGCGACAGCAUUUGUGUCUGAAUGCUUCAGUGAAGGCUGCUGCCGGUGGCAGUAAUGAACGCCUGAACGAACUGUGCCUGGAGGCAAUGAAGUACGAGUACUCCAAAGAAGGCCGGGCGGCACGCAAGCUGCAAAGGAGCCAGGGAUCAUCACUCCGAGACAUAGAGGACAACAUUUUCGCGGGCAACAGCGGAAACGGCUGCGGCUAUUGUCAGCGAGAGAGACUGAACAUCCUACGGGACUAUGUGGACAUUGCACCGCGUCAACUUUCAGAGAUGCGGGACCUCGGGCGACGUGUAGGUGCGUGUCCAUUUCUCGUUACACGUGAAAUGAUUCGAGGAGCGGAUGUUGUGCUCAUCCCUUACAGCUAUCUGGUCUCGCCGGAAAUGCGGCACGCAUUGCUCGCGGGGACAGCAACAAACGAACAUGCGACGGCUGAAAUGGAGGAAGAAAACGAGGAAGCAAGAAGUCCUUCUGCGGUGGUUACCGCUUCGUCGUCUCAUGUUCACCGACCCCGAAAGAAGGCACCACCACUUCCUCCUUGUUUUUCUGAUGACGUGAUUGUUGUGGAUGAGGCGCAUAACAUCGUUGAGUACUGCCGCAGCGCCACAUCAGCUGCACUGACAGCCACAGACCUGUCGCUUGUGCGUGCUCUACUCAACGGGUAUAACACGCGGUACGAAGAAAGACUCCUCACGCGCAACAAGCAGCGUAUUCGUGAGAUGGUGGCAUUUGUCGAUAAGCUGGUGCACUACGUAAAGGAAAAAUCAUCUACAACCGCCGAGAGUAGCAAUUUUGGUGCCAAUGUGUGUGAUUUUUCGUCUUUUCUCUUUGACGCCGGUGUGGACACGGUGAAUGUGUAUCGGUUCCUUGCAUUCUUAAGCGAAAGCCGACUGCUGCCCAAGUUGCACGGCUUGGUGGCGUUUCUUUCAUUGAAUGAGGAACAACAACAGCAGCGACAGCAGUCGCAGAAGCAGCGGCAUAUACGUGCUGCAAUAACAAAAUGGACAGAGGGUAAUGAGACGGAUAAGUCGUGCAUAAGCAACAAAAGUAAUAACAAACCAGACAAUGAUCAGGGUGAGAGCGCCUUCUUGUCGUUGGUGCGCGAUCGCAUGGCUGUGACAAGUGCGUUGCGCCGUUUUGACUCCUUUCUACAGUGGUAUGCUCGCUCAGAUGAGUGCACACGCGUUGUGUUACGGCGAUCGGCCAUUGAGAAGGGUAAGAAAGAGAAAGAGGGUGCCCCCAUGCUUCAGUUGCUGCAACUGGAGCCUGGAACGCACACGCUUUUUCCGGUGCUGCAGCAAGCUCAGGCGGCGGUGCUUGCCGGAGGAACAAUGAAGCCACUGGCUCUCACAUGUGACCCGCUCUUCAAACAAACCAAUUCGCUGUCAUGCAAGACACACGCGGGGGAUGCUAACAGCAAAGAUGUUGUUGCUGGAGAGGAGGAACAGAGACAGGCACCGGCCGUGAAAAAGGUCCGAUUCACGGAGGAGGGCCAUGUCGUGCCGUCGUCAUCUUUUGCGGUAUUUGCAUUAGGGGUCGGUCCCAGUGGUCAGCGCGUGGAACUGCAGCACACAACACGUGGGCAGUGGCAGCGCCACUUUGAGGAAGUUGGGGCAGCUCUUCUAAACUUCUCCCGUGUCAUUCCGGCUGGCAUGAUUGUCUUUUUCACCUCGUAUGAGAUGCAGGAUCUCUUUGUGGCGCUCCUGCAGAGUUCUGGGUUGUACGACAAGAUUAAUGCCGUUAAACGCGUCUUCCGUGAACCUGGCCGUGUAACAGCUUCUUCUACUACUACUGCUGCUGCUGCUGCUGGAGGUGGUAGUGGUGGUGGUGGUGGUGUUAGCUCUGAGGCGAAUACGGUGGACGCAAUGCUGGAGGAGUACGCGGGGUGGAUCCGUGCGGGCGGAACGGGUGGUGCAAUGCUGCUAGCCGUCAUGGGCGGCAAGCUGUCGGAGGGAAUCAACUUCAACGACGACCUCGGCCGUGCAGUGAUAGUGGUGGGGCUUCCGUACGCGAACCCCAGCGAUGUGGAGCUGCAGCUGUAUCUGAAGCACAUCGCCAGGACACGCCUGGAGACGCCGUCACCCUCGAGAGCCGCAUCUACAGCCGGCACCUCUGGCGUUGCGUUGAGUGCAGACGCCGACGUGGUUGGGGAUGACGCUCUUAUGCCGUUCUCCUCGCCGGCGCAGUGGGGCCUCUUCACGGAUCUCUGUAUGCGCUCUGUAAAUCAGAGCAUCGGUCGUUGUAUUCGCCACGCCGGUGACUACGCAGUUGUAAUUCUCAUGGAUGUACGGUACGGAGAGCGGGCUGACGUGCGGCGCCGCAUCGCGUCGUGGAUGCAUCCCUCCGUGCGGGUGGCGCACAACUUUGGUGAGUGUUUCAGAGGCGUGAGAGACUUCUUUGUGUCACGACGGCAGCAGCAGCAGCAGAAGCACUAG